GCAGGCGGUGGAGAAUGGGCGCUUUGUGCAAGCGGUAGCGGGGCGGCGGAUCGAGGGUCUUCAGGCACUGGCGGCUCACCGUGAGUGAGCGGUGUCAGUGCGGGGGUGGGGUUACGGUGUUGUGUGGUUUUACACAGCGGGGGUGAGAGAGAGAGAGAGAGAGAGGGGGGAGUGUAAGCUCCGGGGUGGUGGGGGGGGGGGGUUUGUUUUGUUUUUGUCGGGUUCUUGGGGGGGGGGGGUUAAUCCUAAAAUGGCGGCGGGGCCUGGGCUCGCUCCCCGGUUAUUCCCGGUCGCUCUGCUCCUGGCGGCGGCAGCAGCAGCAGCAGCUGCUUCUUCCUCGGCUUGUCCCCCGCAAUGUUCCUGCGACGUCGGCCUGGUGGAUUGCAGCAGGCGGCGGGUGGCCGCGAUUCCUCAGCAGCUUCCAGCCUGGGUCAAGCAACUAGAUUUGAGUCAUAAUCGAUUGGUUUCCACAAAAGACCCUGUAUUCGAGGGUCUUCACACACUUCUGGAAGUGAAUAUCAACUAUAAUCUACUCUCUACAAUCCCAACACUGGGGGCAGUAGCAGCCAACGUUACCGCCCUGUCACUAACACACAAUCGGGUAACUGAGAUAAUUGCUGAGGACCUUCUGCCAUACAGUGCUUUGGAGACCUUGGAUCUGAGCUCAAAUUUAAUUUCAGAAAUCAAAACCUCUUCGUUCCCUAUAAUGCAAUUGAAAAACCUACAUUUGAACAAUAAUCGAAUUACCAUCCUAGAACCGGGCUGUUUUGAUAAUUUGUCCAGCACUUUGCUCGUCCUGAAACUGAACAGGAAUAAAAUUACUGUCAUUCAACCAAAGAGCUUCCGCUUGCCUCAACUUCAAUACCUGGAGCUAAAACGCAACCGAAUCAGAAUUGUCGAGAGUCUAACGUUUCACGGCCUCGACUCAUUGAAGUCAUUGAAACUGCAGCGUAAUGGGAUCUGCGAACUCAAGGAUGGAGCCUUCUGGGGGCUAAAUGAAAUCAUGGAGCUGGACUUGGAGCAUAACAACUUAACUGAAGUAACUAAGGGCUGGCUAUAUGGCCUCAAACUGCUGCAGCAUCUCCACCUGAGCCAGAAUGCCAUCACCAGGGUCAGUGCAGAUGCCUGGGAGUUCUGCCAGAAGCUGACUGAAUUAGACAUGACCUACAAUCAGAUGACUCGUUUAGAUGAGUCUACUUUUGUAGGCUUGAAUUUGCUUGAGAGUUUGUACAUGGGUGACAACAGAGUGAGUUAUAUCGCUGAUGGAGUCUUUAGCAGUUUGUCUAACUUGCUGACACUUGAUCUCAGGAAUAACAAAAUUUCAUGGGCGAUCGAGGAUUCAAAUGGUGUUUUUACCGGAUUAGUCAAGCUGCGAAAGUUAAUCCUGCAGGGUAGCAAAAUAACAUCCAUCACAAAGAAAGCAUUUUCUGGGCUGGAAACACUUGAAUACCUAGAUUUGAGCAACAAUGCUAUCAUGUCUAUUCAAGAAAAUUCUUUUGCCCAAAUGAGCUUGAAGGAACUGGGUCUGAACACAUCCAGUCUUCUGUGUGACUGUCAGCUGAAGUGGCUGCCUCAAUUUCUAAAGGAAAAACAGUUUCAGCAUAUGGUCACUGCUAACUGUGCUCACCCUGUAUGGCUGGCUGGGAAAAACAUUUUUAAUGUUGAUGCAGAGGAUUACAUUUGUGAUGCUUUCCCAAAGCCAUUGAUCACUGCCCAUCCUGAAACCACUGUGGCAUUGAGAGGGAUGAAUGUCAGCUUUAGCUGCACAGCCUGCAGCAGCAGUGACUCCCCCAUGGUCGCUGCAUGGAGAAAGGACAGUGAGUUACUGUACGAAGCUGAAAUCCAGAACUAUUCUAGCUUGCAAGAACAGGAUGGUGAAUUUGUCGAAUACACCACCGUACUACAACUGCGGAAUGUCAAUUUCACAGACGAGGGGUGGUACCAGUGUGUCAUCACAAAUUACUUUGGCUCCAAUUAUUCUAACAAGGCAAAGCUAACUGUGAAUGAACUUCCUUCAUUUAUGAAAACCCCCAUGGAUUUAACAAUCCGGACAGGUGCAAUGGCUCGGCUGGAGUGUGCUGCAGGAGGUCACCCAAUGCCACAGAUUGCUUGGCAGAAAGAUGGCGGCACAGACUUUCCAGCAGCACGGGAACGGCGUAUGCAUGUCAUGCCAGAGGAUGAUGUCUUCUUCAUUGCAAAUGUGAAGAUGGAGGACAUGGGCAUGUACAGCUGUAUGGCCCAAAACACGGCAGGGGGCAUUUCCGCAAAUGCUACACUGACUGUCCUAGAAACUCCCUCAUUUGUGCGGCCAUUAGAAGAUCGGACUGUUGCUAGAGGAGAGACUGCAGUUUUACAGUGUAUAGCUGGUGGUAGCCCCACUCCACGUCUGAACUGGACGAAGGACGAUGGCCCUUUAACUGUAACAGAGAGACACUUCUUUGCUGCUGCCAACCAGCUUCUGAUCAUUGUAGAUGCUGGUCCAGAGGACGUUGGGAAGUAUACCUGUGUCAUGUCAAACACGCUUGGGACAGAGCGUGGGCACAUUUAUCUGAAUGUGAUUCCAACUUCCAACUGCGACUCCAUGCAGAAAACUUCAGUCUUUGGAGACGAUGGCUGGACAACAAUUGGAAUUGUAAUUAUAGUUGUGGUGGUUUGUGUCGUGGGCACGUCUCUGGUUUGGGUGAUUGUUAUCUAUCACAUGAGACGGAAGAGUGAAGAUUACAGUAUUACAAAUACAGAUGAAAUGAAUUUACCUGCUGACAUUCCAAGCUAUCUGUCAUCCCAAGGAACGCUGUCUGAGCCUCAGGAAGGCUACAGCAACUCUGAGGCCGGAAGCCACCAACAGCUGAUGGCCUCCACUACCCAUGGCUACGUGCAUAAAGGAACUGAUGGUAUUUGCUAUGUGGAUACUGGAAGUGAGACGGAGGCGGAUUUGCUGACCACCCCUUUUGGUACAAAUCUGCAUGGGAGAAUGGGAUCUUUAUAUGCAGGGCGAAGUAGCUUCCACCCAAGUGAACCUCGUGAAGGACUUGCACAGCAGGUCAACCCAGGUGCUACUUCUGGGCCGCUAGUGAUCUGUUCGGACUGUUAUGACAAUGCAAACAUAUACUCAAAGAACAGAGAGUACUGCCCAUAUACGUUCCUUGCAGAGGAGGAUCCCCAGGAACGUGCUCUGACCGGCAGCUUCACGGUACAUACUCAGCAUGAAGGUACAGCCAUAGACAGUCUGGUAACAGAGGCUGACGUGUCCGUUUCUUUAACAAAUCACGAUAGGAUAUGCAAUCCAGCAAGCACAGUACAGCUGCACAGGAAGGAAUCCUGCCCAAGGCCUCCUUGGAGUUUGAGUACAGAUUCAGGACAUUCUCAUUAUUCACAGCAACCUGUGACUAUCCACGAGAAUCCCCAGGCUUUUUUGGAAGGUGACAAUGAGACAGAGGAUGGGGCUGAGCCCCCUGUAGCCAAAAACAGACUGAGCCAGAGAAGCCUCGAGCAAAGUACUGGCAAUGAGCGGACUCUAGCCAUGCAGGCUUAUGGCGCCACUACGUAGAUCAUGUGUGUGAUGAUUGCACGUGUAUUGUUGGUCCCCUGGGCAACAGAACCUCCAUUCACUACCUCAGAGCAGUGACACUGAGGCCAGAAUUGGCUAUGUAUGUUUAUGAUUAGGCUUGGCAGAUCUUCAUUAAUCUCCUUAUCUUCAUUUACAACAAUCCUCGUAAGGAAGCAACAAAAGAAUGAUUCACUAUUGGGUACGUUGUUCUGGUGUAAGCCACAUGUUGUAACUUUAAUAGGAGACUUUAGUAUUUCAGCCAUUAUCUUGAGGGCAAAAAUGACAAUUAGAAUUGUGGAAUGCUCCCUGAAAUAUUGGCAAGCCUCCUGGAAUCACUAAUAAAAAUUUAAAUUGCCUGCAAGCAUUGGCUAUAGAAAAAGUCUCCCUCCAGCCAAAUAAUUGGACCCCUUAAUUUUCUUCCUGAUGAUAGCAGACUGUGUACUCACCAGUAAUUCAUCUUGCGUUCAGCUCAGUGUCUUCCCCAGAAUAAGUCCAGGUUUGGAACACUAAAAUCUAAAAUCAGGUUGCUGGAUGUAUAUUUCAUCGUUCCAGUGAAUGCAGUGUGCUGAAUGUUACUGAUAUUGCACUGUCAAAACUGCAGAAAGUAAAUUGAACUGAUUUGAGAGCAGCAAAUGGAUGAGUAAUCUUAUGUAAUUGUACUCCUGUCUAAACUGAUUUCACAAUAACGCGAUUGCUAGGUUUCCAGCUCCGGAUGGGACUUUCCAAUUAGCCUUUCUAAAAGGAUCUCAUCUUUGCCAAGACAGCAGCUCUCCGUUAUAAAUGCCUCCAAAAGAACAUUCUCUCUUCUCUCCCAAGUGUGACAAGUAUGUAGGCAGUCAGCUGGCAGACACCACAUUGAGUUAUUGGUUAUAAUCCACCUUCAGUGCAUCAAAUACAGAGCCAUUACAGUGUCUGGACUGCGUUAAUGAUGUGGAAUAUACUGAUUGAAUUGUGAGUUUUUGCAAUGCUGCCAGAAGAUGAUUUAUAAUGCUGCAUACAUUCCUGGUUUUUUAAAUCAUUAAAGUUUUAAAAAGAACUUUCAGUGCUCCAGCUACAAUGAACUCAGUGCGACAUGAAUGCUGUAUCUUGCCUGCAAGAUUUGAGCAGGACAGUUUUUGGAUUGGCACGGGACUACUGCUGAGAAAAAGAAAGAUUGGCCUUGACUAUCUGCAAGUGCAAGAAUUUGAAAAUACAAGCUGUUGGUUUAACCAACUAAAGAGCUCAUGCUCCAGAUUGUCCUUGGCUGUUCAAGACUUGAACUGGAGCCAAAGCAGUGACGACAGCUGUACUUAAUGGAAUUGAGUGGCAAACACAGUGAAACUGUCCUCCUCGUGGAUUGCCAUAUAAUCUUGGCAGGAUGAUCAUAAACAUACAUGCACGGAUUUCAUUUUGGCCUAAUGGUGAUUCCUUGUUAGGUAGCCAGCAGGAGAGAAUGUGCUGUGGGGAGAUGUCAAACCAUUAAACGGUUCCCUGUGACUGAUUAAACCUUUCCCCUGGUCACAAUGUUCUUGUCUAUAUUGGAACCUUUGAUAUAAAUUGACUGUUGCAUUUAUAGCUUUUUAUAUAUAUUAUAUAUAUAUAUUCUAUACAUAUGCACAUGAGUAAAAUCAAAUGUGAAGCCUUACAUAAUGUAAAUAAGUUUCCUUUUUUAAAUUAUGGAUUUGAGUGCUUAUUGUCAGAACUGGUGAAGUGAUGCACGUGAUGUACAUAGCUGGGCCAGCAUCUUCAAUUCCACCGUCUGCAUUGUCCUGGAACCUGCAGCUUUAACCGACAUUUCUAGUUAUUGAUGUCCAAUCACUACAGGUCAAUGGAACAUGAUGAGCAAUGGAGCCAUUCACUGCUCCUGUGCUCAAUUUGAGUUCUGUACAUAUAACAACCUGAAUGUUUCAUAAUUUCCUGUGAUUUUGGAAUGUGCAAUCCUGUUGUGUUAAAACAAAACAUCAGUGUGAGAUGGCAGCUGUAAACAGACAGCCCAUUCAUCAGCUUGAGAAAUUUAUAAAUUCUCCCAUUUAAUAAGCACCUGUCCUUAAACUUUCUGCAUCUACAUGAACUCACUCUUAAAAUAGAUAUGAUCAAAUUGAAGUUGUCCAGUAGCAACAGUUGUGUCUGCAGUCAGUUUAUGUUGACAAAAACCAAGUACUGAAAUAGAAACAGAGAAAGCUAGAAAUACUGUAUUCAACAGGUCAGGUAAUCUAUGUGGAGUGAGAAGAAAAAACAAGUUCAUGUUUCAGGCCAAUGAACAGUGAAAGCAAUUCUGAUGAAAGGUCGCUAACCUUGAAUAUUCAAACUAUAAAAUGGAGGUGGGGAAACCCUGGCUAGACUCUAAACUCUGUUUAAGCCCUUCAGGAAAUAAACUAUUGAAGGUCAUCUUGCAGGAGUACGAAGUAAGUGAUCAGUCAUGACUGAAUUUUGCCUUUAGAUGAACUUAAUUCUAAUUAUGGUCAAAAAGUUACUUUCAGCCCUAUAUAAAUUGAUGAACACAGCCUGUUUCCUGCAGGGAAGAUCAAAAAACUACUGUAGAUACCAUACCAUGCCCACCAUGUUGUGCAGCCAUUAGAUUGUGCCUCAGUCUGCAUAGGAUAGGCAGUAUCCAGGUCUGAAUAUGUAGGUGCAUUAGUCUUGUUCUAGUACAGGCCUCCAAAUGUUUGGAGAUUGAAUUCAAUGAAACUGUUAACUUGUGUUUUUAAAUAGGAGAAUUGUAUGAAAACUUCCCAAUUAUUGUGGAAACCCAGCAGAUUGACUGACUAAUGCCUGUCAGAGAAGGGAAACUGCCAUUCUUGCAUCGUCUGACCCUACAUGUCUCUAGUUCGUAGCAUGUGGUUGAUUCAUCAUGCUUACUGGUGUCAUCCACAUCCAGAAAAUUAUCAACCACAAAGCUGAAAAACUAUUAACUGCCAACAGACUUUUUUUUUUGACAAGUGAUUCCGUCUAUAAAGGCCAUCUCAGUGAACCAUUUGGGUUUUUUGAAUAUUCAACGUCUUCCUAAUCAGUUCAUAAUGUUUUCAAGGGAUUUGAUCUCCUAUUCUCUGAAUUUUUAAUACAAGGUGCAUUUACUGGCCUAGGAACAACACCCAUAUCUGACCUGUUUGUUGUCUGUAGUAUUUGCUUUUGACUGUUCAUAUCCUCCUGUCUUUCCCUUGCUCCUGUGGCAAGCUGCCACCUGAUAAUAUAUUAAUUGCCACUUGCCUAUUUCUGUUUUCUCUCUACUUUUGAGUCACUAGUGGGCGAAAUAAGGAGGUAGUAGAAUUUCAGUAAUAAUUCCUCAAAGUUCUGUGGGUUUUUAAACAAGGCAGUGGUAAUGAUUAACAACAGAUUUAUCUGACCCGAUACUGUCAGCGGUUGUAGUACACUGAUUUAUUUCAUUGAUGUCAGGGUUCGUUUCGGUGAUUAGUGAUUAAUGAUUUACUUUGGUGAAUUAUUAAACAUUCCAUUCUAAAACGUACAUAGGUGAUUGUGAAGAUCUGCUAAGGUGGAUUGACUGGUUGGUAAUGGAUUUCUGGCUUCUUUUUAAUUCAUCCAAAUUUUGGGAUUUUACAGACCGGCCAUUCAGCCCAUUUGGUCUUUGUCAACAUUUAUGUUCCGGAUGAGCAUCCCUCCCCUCAUCCUACUUAAUCUAACAUGACUAGUAUAACCUGUUCUGUCACCUUUAUGCUUGUCUAGCUUCCCCUUAAAUGCUAACAAAUUCUAUAUUCUAAAAUAAAGAAGUACCACUCUAUGGAUAGAGGUUUCUGCUCAAUUCCCCAUUAGUUACCAUCUCCUAUUUAUAGGUUCUUAGGUUUAGACUCUGCGCCACAAGUUGAAACAACUUUGUCAAAUCUGUCAAAUACGUUGGAAAAAUUUUUAAAGAACUCAUCAGAUUAUCCCUCAGUCUUCUCUUUCUCCAGAGAAGGAACCCAGUUUGUUCACUUAGUCCUGAUAAAUAGAAUCUCUUCAUUUUACAUUCAUCCUUGUAAUAUAAUGUUUUUGAAGUUUAAUUAGUGCUUUUAAAAUCUACAGCAUUUCUCUGCUAUUGAAUUUGUCAAUGUGGAAGAGGUUUGGUGAGGGACUGACCUCUAUUAUAGAGGUGCCCCUGUCACUAAAGUCAGUUGGUUUCUGCCAUCUAAUGUCUUUGAGAUGUUAACAUUUUAACAGCUGUAUUGUCGUUGUUGCUGAGUUUUCCUGUCAUUCUUUCUCGAGCUUUAAGUCUAUUCUCGGUGGGUUAAGUGUGGCCUGGCCCUGACCACAGACCCUGUCUGUGUUCCUUCGCUUUCUUACCCUAUAAAUUCCACCAAUGUACAUAAACUUGAAUGCCUCCUAUGCCUCACUCAAAGACUGUUCCAUUGAAAUUUCUGCUGGCCUGUCAUUCCAGCUCUUCAGUAUCAAGAUCUUCACUCUUGACUAAAGACCUCGCCUCUUCUGCCCAACCUGUUGGACUACAUCUCCUAACAGACCUCCUCUGAAACUCCUCCUUUACAGGUACUGUGCUGCAAAUCCCUCUUUCCAGCUAGUGGACUCAAUCACCCUCUACAGAUAAUGUGCUGUGGACCAUCUGCAACUUCUAUGUGCAGGUGUGUGACCAGUGUCUGUCCUUGUGUAUAUUUGUUGCUCCUCAGUUAUCUGUACAUUAUGUAAAGCAUGUGUAAAAUAAAGUUUCUGUAAAAUAUCUUGUAUUUCUGAAUACAGUAAAAAAUAUGAAAACUGA